AUGUACAACGGCGAGGAAGGCGUGGAUGUAUUCUGGUUGACUGAUGGCGUUGGACUGUCAUGGGAGAGUCUUACGGACCAACAGAGGUGCGGACAUAUUGCCAGCAUUUCCAGCAUCAGCGCAAAACUUGGAGGCUUCGUUCAAGGCAACACCAUCCGCAUCACGCGCCCUUACGCCUACGUUCAAAAAGAAGUACGAGAAAUCGCUGCCGCUGCUCCUGAGGAUAUGUGCACCCAGUACGAUGCCGGAAUGGCAAUCUUCUACAAUUGGAACUGGAAAUGGGCGUUUUUCCUGCCAGCUUACAUGAAGCCCGACGACCUCAAAGAUAUGUCGGCCAAGGUUCUUGGCCUCCUCGUCGUCCUUUCCUCUUUCACUCAAGGUUCAGUACGCAAAGUGCGCGCCUAUGUCAUCGAAGCCGUCAAUGCGCGUCUCUCAAACUUCGAAGACGGUGAGAUUGACGAUCCGCUACUGCAGAAGGAGGAUAGCGAAAUCAAAGACCCAUUACUGCAAGAAAAAGAUAUCGUCCAUGUGAUUAGUACGCUUUACGACAAAGCAGGCAGUAUGUCAGCUAGGAUAGCGCCCGCUAAAGAGAAUAAGAACAAGGUCGGCAAAAAGCCGUACCGGAAGAGCAACGCCAAGAUCCGCAAGAAUGCGGUUAGAUUGGCCGCCUAUAACGAGAAGAAGACUGCUCUUGGUGAUGUGGCAGCGUAUGAGAUAGGUUCUCUCCCUACAGAAGGCAACUGA